AUUUAUGGCCUUUGCUCAGCAGGUUGAGAGGUAUUUUUCCUUUUCACCAGAACACUCAAUGUGAAACAGCUUGGGAGCCUUGUUCAAAGGAAGAAUGAGACAUCCCUUGCGUUUUGCCAUCAAGGCAGAAUGCCAUAAAUCAAAGGCUCGCCAUUCUGUCAUGACCCUCCCUCAUGCAGAAGUGGAAACCCCAGUCUUCAUGCCUGUUGGGACUCAGGGGACAAUGAAAGGCAUUCUCCCUGAGCAGUUGGAGGCUCUUCACUGCAACCUGAUUCUUGGAAACACCUAUCAUCUUGGGAAUCGUCCUGGGGUAGAUAUUCUAAAGAAGGGGAAUGGCUUGCACAAUUGGAUGCAUUGGAACAAAGCUCUUCUAACAGACUCAGGAGGAUUCCAGAUAGUGUCUCUCACUCAGUUAUGUGAACUAACUGAGGAUGGAGUCUCAUUUACAUCACCUUAUGAUGGUAAGCAGACUCUGCUUACUCCAGAGAAAUCAAUAGAAAUCCAAAAUGCCAUUGGAGCUGACAUCAUGAUGCAACUUGAUGAUGUUGUUCAUGUCCUUCACCCAGACAAGGAUCGUGUUGAAGAAGCCAUGUAUAGUUUUACUGAUCCGGUCACUGAGGCAUCCAUCAUUUCCGACAUCAAAGAUCGCUCACGAGAGAGCGGGCCCGGGGAUGAGAGUGAUGGAGAGCAGGACGCAACGUACAAUGCUCUACCGCCGUCUUUGAGCUAUGCCAAUGAUGCAAUGGCGAUUGUGAGAAAAUUCCUCCUCUCACGAGGGGAGGUGCCAGUCGACUCGUUCUAG